UCAGGUUCCUCUCUGCAGCUACUAUUUUCAGUUGUCUCCAUUUCUCUAAAGAAAUUGGCUUGAUCGGGGAAUACAAGAGAGGCGAGACUGGCGAGAGAGAAUAUAUUUACGUGCAAGUAGUACGUGUAUUGCAUCCAUCAGUGUAGUAAACACGCGACGAGAUAUGUCACGCAGGGCGAUCAAGACGAUCAAUUGGUCGGCGCUUGCCGAAAAAAUUCCAGAAACGGAAAAAACUACAUUCGCCGCUUUCAAAUCUAAAUCUGAUCAGUAUUUGCGACGAAUGAAUGCAAAUCCAGAAGCUCCUCCAAAAAUCAAUUGGGCGUACUAUAAGAAAAGUAUUCCAAUAGCUGGAUUAGUCGAUAAGUUUCAAAAGGAAUAUGAAUCUGUCAAAGUGCCAUAUCCAGUGGAUAAAUAUACUUCUGAAAUUGAAACUGAAGAAAAGAAAGUGCAUAUAAAAAUCGAGGAAUUUAUCACUGAUUCGAAUCAACGCAUCGCCACUGCCAAUAAGGAAAUCGAUAGAGUAAAGAAUUUAUUGCCAUUCUCUGAAAUGACGAUGGAAGAUUUUCAUGAUGCCUAUCCGGAUAUUGCUAUAAAUGUUGAUAAACCAACGGUUUGGCCACAUAUACCUGAGGUACAGCCAGAGAACGAUAAAGGACAACCUGCAGAGCACUAAUACUACUUUGUAGUGUGAUCAAAUAUGAAGCGUAGUCAUUUUUUUAGCAUAUGAUUGUGGAUGUGUGCUAAGUCGGAAAACAUUAUCUUUUGUUUGGCUACUGUCAUGUACUCAAAUAUAAAUUUAUCUAUAUAAUAGAGAUAUACCUAUACACACACACACACACACACACACAC